UCGUCUUCGAUUAACCAAAAGAAAUCAAAAACAGAUUAAACUGCGAGGUUAUCUAUAUAUGUAUAAACUUUAAACGUUAUUCAAACCAUAUUUUCAAAUAAAUUAGACCUUUUUUUAUUUUUUCCACUUUGAUAUGUCUCCAAUCAACUAAACAAAAUCUGAUAACGAAACCAAUCCAUUAUAUAUACGUCAAUAAUUUCUUGAUCGUUUCAAUGACUGUUCUGAAACGGUCCGAGAAUGAUUAAACUCAUUUUAUUAACCUCGUUAAUUGCACUAGCUCAGGCUAGUGUUGAUUGCAAACACAAAAAUUAUGGUAACGAUGGAACCGUUUGUGUUUGCAAUGCGGAACAUUGCGAUACAGUUGAUCCAUUGGAAAAAUUACCAUCUGGCCAAUACGUUAUGUACACAUCAAAUUUAGCCGGAAAAAGGUUUUUCAAAGAAGUAGCCGAUUUUGCAUCGACAUCCGGUGCUAAAAAGCAUGCAGAAAUCGAUCAUUCAGAAAAGUUUCAAACUAUUCAUGGAUUCGGGGGUGCAUUCACUGAUGCCACCGGAAUAAACGCCAAUUUAUUAGAUGCUACAACCAGAAAUCAUUUAAUGAGAUCGUAUUUUUCAAAGGAAGGUAUUGAAUACAGCGUUGGAAGAGUUCCAAUUGGGGGAACAGAUUUUUCAACACGCGGAUAUACUUAUUUGGAUACACCAGAACCGGAUAUGGAUUUAGUCAAUUUCGCAUUAGCCGAAGAAGAUGGAUUAUACAAAAUUCCUUUAAUUAAAGAAGCUUUGGAAUUGACUGAAAAUAAUUUAAGUCUUUUUGCUUCCGCUUGGACUGCUCCCAAAUGGAUGAAAAGUAAUGGUGAAUACAGCGGAAGUGGUUCUUUGAUCACUAAAUAUUAUCAAACUUGGGUUGAUUAUUUCAUUAAGUUUUUCGAUGCUUAUAAAGAGAAAGGAAUUGAAUUUUGGGGGUUAACUACAGGAAAUGAACCAAGUUUAGCUUUCUUUACUUUUACUGGAAUUAAUUCAAUUGGUUGGUUACCUUGGACACAAAAUAAUUGGAUUAAAAACAAUCUUGGUCCAACAAUCAGAAACCAUCCCAGCUAUAAAAAUUUAAAACUUAUCGCUCACGAUGAUCAACGUAUUCUUUUACCUUUGUUGUUUACGCUUUUUGAUGAUGUUGAAGCCCGCAGUUACAUGGACGGUAUUGCAGUUCAUUGGUAUUGGGAUGAUUUUGUCCCAGCUCAAUGGUUAAGUCAAACACAUAAUAGAUACCCUGAUAAAUUCAUAAUGGGUACGGAAGCUUGCAAGGGUGAUCGUCCAUGGGAUGAAGCUGUGUUACCUGGAUCUUGGAAACGCGGUCAAGCUUACGCUGUCGAUAUUAUUGAAGAUUUGCAACACUGGUCUGUGGGUUGGGUCGAUUGGAAUAUGGCUCUAAACGAAACUGGAGGACCAACUUAUAUUAAUAACAACGUAGACGCUCCAAUUAUUGUUAAUACAACAACCGGAGAAUUUUUCAAACAACCAAGCUUUUAUGCUAUGGGACAUUUUUCGAAAUUUAUUCCAAGAGGAUCCAUUAAAAUUGGUGCUCCAGAAAAAUUUAAUGGAUUACAUGUCGUUGCUUUGGAUAGACCUAAUGAUGAUGGAACAACUGUUGUUAUUAUCAAUAGUGAAGAAAAAGAUGUUCAAGUGAGUUUAUAUGACUCAAAUAAAGGUUAUAUAACAAGAGAUAUAACCGCAAAAUCUUUCAAUACAAUAGUUUAUUGGUAAGAUUUAAAAAAGGAAA